AUGGCCCCUUUCCACCCGCUGGAUCGAGGUCUGGAGCUGCGGCUGCGCGAGCUGGAGGAGGCGCGCGCCCGCGCCGCCCAGAUGGAGAAGACCAUGCGCUGGUGGUCGGACUGCACGGCCAACUGGCGGGAGAAGUGGAGCAAGGUGCGGGCGGAGCGCAACAAGGCGCGCGAGGAGGUGCGCGCGCUGCGGCACAAGCUGGAGGCGCUCACCAAGGAGCUGACGGGCCUCAAGCGCGAGCGCCAGGACGUGCUCAGCGAGAACGAGCAGCUGGGCAAGGAGGUGGCGCGCCUCAAGGGCCAGGACAAGGGCGCGGACACCCGGGUGGCCUCCGAGAGGGAGAGCGAGGCYGCCCCCGAGCAGGAGCCUGUGCGCGACGUGGGCUCCGACAAGCUGCCCAAAGGCAAGGAGUUUGAGCUGAUGGAAAACGUCCUGAAGAGCAAACAGGACGGGUCGGAGUGCUGGGAGCAGCGGAGCGCCGUGAGCGUCCGGACUUCCUUCACCCGCCCCGAGAGGAACCGCCUGCUCUGGGAGGACGUGAGCGUCAUUGAGGAGGACGCCACCAAAGUGACCGCCCUGAAGCUGAGGCUGGACGAGUCCCAGAAAGUGCUGCUCAAGGAGCGGGAGGACAAGCUGGCGCUCAGCAAGAGCAUUGAGAAGUUGGAGGGUGAGCUGAGCCAGUGGAAAAUCAAGUAUGAGGAGCUGAACAAGAGCAAGCAGGAGGUGAUGAAGCAGCUGAACAUCCUGAAGGAGAUCCACCAGGACGAGCUGGGACGCAUCUCAGAGGACCUCGAAGACGAGCUGGGCGCCCGCUCCAGCAUGGACAAGAAGCUGGCAGAGCUGCGCACGGAGAUGGAGCGGCUGCAGGCGGAGAAUGCGGCCGAGUGGGGCAAGCGGGAGCGCCUGGAGACCGAGAAGCUCAACCUGGAGCGGGAGAACAAGAAGCUGCGGGCGCAGAUCGAGGACCUGGAGGAGGUGYUGGCCCGCAAGCGGCGCCAGGCGGCCAGCGCCCUGGACACUGACCUCAAAACCAUCCAGGCCGAGCUCUUCGAGAAGAACAAGGAGCUGGCCGACCUGAAACAUGUGCACACGAAGCUGAAGAAGCAGUACCAGGAGAAGAUGGCUGAGCUGGCCCAUGCCGUCCGCCGCGUGGAGCAGCAUGAGGCCGAGGUGAAGAAGCUGCGCUUGAGAGUGGAGGAGCUGAAGAAGGAGCUGGCCCAGGCCGAGGACGAGCUGGACGAGGCCCACAACCAGACGCGGAAGCUGCAGCGGUCGCUGGAUGAGCAGACGGAGCAGAGCGAGAACUUCCAGGUGCAGCUGGAGCACCUGCAGUCCCGGCUGCGGCGGCAGCAGAACCCGCCRCUCUUCGGCAAGAUGCGCAGCGCCCGCUUCGGCCCCGACGACCCGGGAGACGGCACCAGYGACCCGGACGAGGACGAGGACCUGCAGAUCCAGGUUCCCUAGGAGCCCGGGGCCGGCCGAGAGGCAGGCGCCCGAGCGGUGCCYGCGGUGCCUCUCCCGACAAGUGCCUGGCGCCGCGGGGCUCAGCCCGAACCAGGGCCACCCAGCCUCGACGGCCCUUUGCCACGAGCGGGCGACGUCUGGCCACGCGGCGUCUGCCUCGCGCCUGGGGAAACUGAGGCACAGAGCGGCGCAAGGGACUCGGCUGGGCUGAGAGCCCCCAGCCCAGCACCUCUGCCUCCUGGGCAGCCCAUCUGUGCCUGGACACCAAAAGCAGCAGCAUCCGAGCAGGCCAAGAGGACAAAACCCGGCUCAGAGCUAACUUGGGCCCUGGAGCUGGCUGGGCUCAGCCCACCUACUUUAUAUAUAGAUAUGUUAUAUAUAUGUAUGUAUUUGUAUAUUUUUUUUAUUAUAAAUACAGAAGUGAGAGGGUUCCAAGCGCUUGUGAUGGUGUGGGCUGUCCCCACCGCUCCGAGAGCGCCCGGGAGCAGAGGUGCCCAUGGCGGGGGGACGGGCAGCCCAGCAAGCGGGUUUGGGAGCAAYUCAGACGCAACCUUAUUAAAAAUUAAUAUUUUGG